GCGGAGGGGCUUGUGGGUAGCGGCGGCGCGCGGCCGAGGAGGGCCGCGGUGUGGACUGUGUGUCUGUGUGUGUGUGUGUGUGUGUGAGGGGAGCGGGCUUGUGUGCGCGCGAGGCGGCCGGCGGCGACAUGCGGACGGCCGGGCGGCGGCCCUAGCGGCCCUAGCGGCCCGAGCCCCGAGGGCGGGGCGGCGCGGCGCGGGCGCCCCUUCCCGCUCCCGCCCGCCGGGUCCUGGCGAGCUCGCUACGGGCCGGGCGGCGCGCGUGCGGCUGAGGGGCGGGGACGCCGUGUGCCUCGCUGCUCCCGGCCGGGCCGGGCGGCUCCUCAGACAGCGGCGCGCGGCGGGCCCGGGCGGAGGUUCCGCGGGCGGCGCUAGGCCCGGCGAAGCGGCAUGAGCCGGCCCCCGCCGACGGGGAAAAUGCCCGGCGCCCCUGAAGCCGCGCCGGGGGACGGGGCGGGCGCGAGCCGCCAGAGGAAGCUGGAGGCGCUGAUCCGAGACCCUCGCUCGCCCAUCAACGUGGAGAGCUUGCUGGAUGGCUUAAAUUCCUUGGUCCUUGACUUGGAUUUUCCUGCUUUGAGAAAAAAUAAAAAUAUAGAUAAUUUCUUAAAUAGAUAUGAGAAAAUUGUGAAAAAAAUCAGAGGGUUACAGAUGAAAGCAGAAGAUUAUGAUGUUGUAAAAGUUAUUGGAAGAGGUGCUUUUGGUGAAGUUCAGUUGGUUCGUCAUAAGGCAUCACAGAAGGUUUAUGCAAUGAAGCUUCUUAGUAAGUUUGAAAUGAUAAAAAGAUCAGAUUCUGCUUUUUUCUGGGAAGAAAGAGAUAUUAUGGCCUUUGCGAACAGUCCCUGGGUGGUUCAGCUCUUUUGUGCCUUUCAAGAUGACAGGUACCUGUACAUGGUGAUGGAAUACAUGCCAGGUGGAGACCUUGUAAACCUUAUGAGUAAUUAUGAUGUGCCUGAAAAAUGGGCCAAGUUUUACACUGCUGAAGUAGUGCUUGCACUGGAUGCAAUACACUCCAUGGGCUUAAUCCACAGGGACGUGAAGCCUGAUAACAUGCUCUUGGAUAAACAUGGACAUCUAAAAUUAGCAGAUUUUGGCACGUGCAUGAAAAUGGAUGAAACAGGCAUGGUGCAUUGCGAUACAGCAGUUGGAACUCCUGAUUACAUAUCACCUGAGGUUCUGAAAUCACAAGGUGGUGAUGGCUACUAUGGUCGAGAGUGUGAUUGGUGGUCUGUAGGUGUUUUCCUUUUUGAGAUGCUAGUGGGAGACACUCCAUUUUAUGCAGAUUCACUUGUAGGAACCUAUAGCAAAAUUAUGGAUCAUAAAAAUUCACUAUGUUUCCCUGAAGAUACAGAAAUUUCUAAGCAUGCAAAGAAUCUCAUCUGUGCCUUCUUAACAGACAGGGAGGUACGACUUGGAAGAAAUGGGGUAGAAGAAAUAAAACAGCAUCCUUUCUUUAAGAAUGAUCAGUGGAAUUGGGAAAACAUAAGAGAAACGGCAGCUCCAGUGGUGCCUGAGCUCAGCAGUGACAUAGACAGCAGCAACUUUGAUGACAUCGAGGACGACAAAGGAGAUGUAGAGACUUUUCCAAUCCCUAAAGCUUUUGUGGGAAAUCAGCUACCUUUUAUAGGAUUUACAUACUUUAGAGAAAAUUUGUUACUAAGUGACUCUCCACCCUGUAGAGAAAACGAUGCAAUACAAACAAGGAAGAGUGAAGAAAGUCAGGAGAUUCAGAAAAAAUUGUAUGCAUUAGAAGAACACCUUAGCAGUGAGUUGCAAGCCAAGGAGGAGCUGGAACAGAAGUGCAAAUCUAUUAAUACUCGCCUAGAGAAAACGGCAAAGGAGCUAGAAGAAGAGAUUACCUUUAGGAAAAAUGUAGAGUCAGCACUGAGACAGUUGGAAAGAGAAAAGGCCCUUCUUCAGCAUAAAAAUGCAGAAUAUCAACGGAAAGCUGAUCAUGAAGCUGACAAGAAACGGAAUUUGGAAAAUGAUGUUAACAGCUUAAAAGAUCAACUUGAAGAUUUGAAGAAAAGGAACCAGAGCUCUCAGAUAUCCACUGAGAAAGUCAAUCAACUCCAGAAACAGCUGGAUGAAGCUAAUGCUCUGCUACGAACAGAGUCCGAUACUGCAGCACGGUUAAGAAAAACCCAGGCAGAAAGCUCCAAACAGAUUCAGCAGCUGGAGUCUAACAAUAGAGAUCUACAAGAUAAAAACUGCCUACUUGAGACUGCCAAGUUAAAGCUUGAAAAGGAAUUUAUCAAUCUUCAAUCAGCUCUAGAAUCUGAAAGGAGGGACCGGACCCAUGGAUCAGAGAUAAUUCAUGAUUUACAAGGUAGACUAUCUGGGCUGGAAGAAGAUCUGAAGACUGGCAAAGCCUUGCUAGCAAAAGUAGAGCUGGAGAAGAGACAGCUGCAGGAGAAGCUUGCUGACCUGGAGAAGGAAAAGAGCAACAUGGAAAUAGAUAUGACAUACCAACUGAAAGUGAUACAGCAGAGUUUAGAGCAAGAAGAAGCUGAGCACAAGACCACAAAAGCACGGCUGGCGGAUAAAAACAAGAUCUAUGAAUCCAUUGAAGAAGCUAAAUCAGAAGCCAUGAAAGAAAUGGAGAAGAAGCUAUUGGAAGAAAGGUCUUUAAAGCAGAAAGUGGAAAACCUACUCCUGGAAGCCGAGAAAAGAUGCUCUAUAUUGGACUGUGACCUCAAACAGUCCCAGCAGAAAUUAAACGAGCUGCUGAAGCAGAAAGAUGUGCUAAAUGAAGAUGUUAGAAAUUUGACAUUAAAGAUAGAGCAGGAAACUCAGAAGCGUUGCCUUAUGCAAAAUGAUCUAAAGAUGCAGACUCAGCAAGUUAACACCCUGAAAAUGUCAGAAAAGCAGAUAAAACAAGAAAAUAAUCAUCUCAUGGAAAUGAAAAUGAACUUGGAAAAGCAAAAUGCUGAACUUCGAAAAGAGCGGCAGGAUGCAGACGGGCAGAUGAAGGAACUGCAAGACCAGCUUGAAGCGGAACAGUAUUUCUCAACCCUUUAUAAAACACAAGUUAGAGAACUUAAGGAAGAAAGUGAAGAGAAGACUAAGCUGUGUAAAGAGUUACAGCAGAAGAAGCAGGACUUACAGGAUGAAAGAGACUCUUUGGCUGCCCAGCUGGAGAUCACCCUGACCAAAGCAGACUCUGAGCAGCUGGCUCGUUCCAUUGCUGAGGAACAAUAUUCUGAUUUGGAAAAAGAGAAAAUCAUGAAAGAGCUGGAGAUAAAAGAGAUGAUGGCUAGACACAAGCAAGAACUUACUGAAAAGGAUGCCACAAUUGCAUCUCUCGAAGAAACAAAUAGGACACUAACUAGUGAUGUUGCAAAUCUUGCAAACGAGAAAGAAGAACUAAACAACAAGCUGAAAGACACUCAAGAGCAACUCUCCAAGUUGAAAGAUGAAGAGAUCAGUGCAGCAGCUAUUAAAGCUCAGUUUGAGAAACAGCUGUUGACUGAGAGAACACUCAAGACUCAAGCUGUGAAUAAGUUGGCAGAGAUCAUGAAUCGAAAAGAACCUGUCAAGCGUGGUAGUGACACAGAUGUGCGAAGAAAAGAGAAAGAGAACAGAAAACUACAUAUGGAGCUUAAGUCUGAACGUGAAAAGUUGACACAACAGAUGAUCAAAUACCAGAAAGAACUGAAUGAAAUGCAGGCUCAAAUAGCUGAAGAAAGCCAGAUUCGAAUUGAACUCCAGAUGACUCUGGACAGUAAAGACAGUGACAUUGAACAGCUGCGUUCACAGCUGCAGGCCUUGCAUAUCGGUAUGGACAGCUCCAGUAUAGGCAGCGGACCAGGGGAUGUUGAGCCUGAUGAUGGAUUUCCAGAAUCAAGAUUAGAAGGAUGGUUGUCAUUGCCUGUGCGGAACAACACUAAAAAGUUUGGAUGGGUUAAAAAGUAUGUGAUUGUAAGCAGUAAGAAGAUUCUCUUCUAUGACAGCGAACAAGAUAAAGAGCAGUCUAACCCUUACAUGGUUCUAGAUAUAGACAAGCUGUUUCAUGUCCGACCCGUUACCCAGACAGAUGUAUACAGAGCAGAUGCUAAAGAAAUUCCAAGAAUAUUCCAGAUUCUGUAUGCCAAUGAAGGAGAAAGUAAGAAGGAACCAGAAUUUCCAGUGGAGCCUGUGGGAGAAAAAUCUAAUUAUAUUUGCCAUAAAGGACAUGAGUUUAUUCCUACUCUUUAUCACUUCCCAACUAACUGUGAGGCCUGUAUGAAGCCACUGUGGCACAUGUUUAAACCACCUCCUGCUCUGGAGUGCCGUCGGUGUCACAUUAAAUGUCACAAAGAUCACAUGGACAAGAAGGAGGAGAUCAUAGCACCUUGCAAAGUUUAUUAUGACAUAUCAUCGGCAAAGAAUCUAUUGUUAUUAGCAAAUUCAACAGAAGAACAGCAGAAAUGGGUUAGUCGGUUGGUGAAAAAGAUACCUAAGAAACCUCCAGCUCCAGACCCUUUUGCCCGAUCAUCUCCUAGGACCUCAAUGAAAAUACAACAAAACCAGUCUAUCCGGCGACCCAGUCGACAGCUUGCUCCAAACAAACCAAGAUUGCUUGAUUUGGCAUUUAAAGACUGGGAUUGGUCAUUUGAUGAUGUUGAUGGUGAUGAUGAUGACGAUGUUUUUGAUUUCUGAAGAAAUAAAUGGCUAACUGCCUUCUAUGAAAGCAGUUAUUUAAGUGAUCGUAUUCUUCCAGCCAGAAGACUGAAAUAUGAUGUCUCAAAACUUAACUAAAAAGCUGUAUUCUACUGAGAGACUCACACACACACACACACACACACACACACACACACACACACACAAACAUACAUGUUUCCCCUGAAAUCAUUUUACAUCAUGGAGAAGUUUUCUGGGCUGUUUUGCAACAAGCCGAACAGCAGUGAUUGGUGAGUAAAGGUGUCAUGCAACUCUUCAAGACUUGCAAGCUCUUGGCAGUCACACUACAUUGCACAGAAAGGUUGAGAAGAGCUUAAAGAAAUCACAUUUUGGAUUCAACAGAGGGUUUCCACCAGCACAUCGGCCAAAAGAAUUUGGGAAUGGAUCCCACUACAGUGAUGCUGACUGCAUCUUUAAGAAGUGACCAUGAUGUUAUGUUCAUGUAUGUAUGUACAUAUGAGUUGAGCCUCAUAUAUAUACACACACACCACACAUAAAAGCACAUUGUACUGUAAUACUGCAAGAAGGUAUUUUUAACUUACCAUUUUAUUUUUUAUACACAUUAAUCAGAUAUCAUUACUUCAGUUGCAACUAUGCACUUGUAUAAAGCCAUACUGUUGGAAUUUAUAUCCUUCAUCCGUGUACCUGAUAGGAGAUGCAUGUUUGUGUAAACAGUUAACUGUAAUAAGAAGUUUGAAGUUAAUUAUUCCAGUUUCCUAAUGCCUGUGGUAGACAACUUUAUCCAUUUUUGAAUGCCUUAAUUUAAUUUCUUCCCUGCCCCCCAAAUCUCAGCCCUUUUCUAUAUUUAAGACAAGAAAGAACAGUGUUUACCAGCUCUUAGGCCGCGGCUCUUAGGCUUUGUGGGAAAAUAGUGCACUCUUUUACACAGUAGUUGUGUCAGUGUCGGCCUAUUGGUCAUAGAAACAAUAGCGGAUUGCAUUGGAACUAACGUGUGCGAUCCCUUUUUACAGGCUUCAGCUAGUCUGUGACUACAAACUAUCUCCUUUGCUUUGAACUUGCUGGUUACCCCAGAUACAUUUUUAUUUAUGGUAAAGGCAGUUUUUCACAUUUUCAUUUAAGAUUCAAAAAUUGUCUCAAAUAUUAAGAAAACUAACAUGUAUUGUAUAUAUAUUUUAAUAUUUAAAUAUUAUCCUGAAACAAACAACUGUAUGGUGGUAUAUCAGCUUUGAUUAUUUGGGAAGAGGCAGCCUCAAAAGCGCUUACUUUGAUUCUCAUUGUUAAAUGCUGCUGACGUUAGAGAACAGGCAGGAUAGAUCCUGUUGUGCUGUGGGCCCAGGUAAGUGUGCUUCACCCCACAGCAGAGUGUAGCAGUGGGCAGCAUCAGGCUCUGUACAUAUGCAAAGUUCAAUAUGAUAUUGAAAUGUUUGCCUAUUUCAGUGAAGCCAGGAGACAGUUUUCAUUGCUUCCCUCUGGGGUCAGUGUAGAAAUGUUGUAAAAAGUUUGAUCCUCAUAGAUUUUAUUAUGGAAUAGUGGCCUUUGGCCUACUGGUAUACUAAAUCCCAAUCUGUGACCUUCAGGUGGCCCAGUUGCAUCUUUCGUUCCAUUUCUUAAUAGAUGUGCAUGCCAUUUCUCUGGAAGCAAGCUGUGCUCUGUAGCUCUGGUUGAGAACACAGCUUCCUUCCCUCCCUCCCUCCCUCCCUCCCUCCCUCCCUCCCUCCCUCCUUCCCUCCCUUUCUCUUCAGAUUUAAAAAUGAAAAUAUAUAAAAUUUAUAUAGAAGAACUAUUUCCAUUCAUUAGAGUUGUUUAAAAGGAGACUGAAUUAAUAUUUUAUAUAAAGAUUUUGUUACACUAUGGGAGGUUCUAUCCUAUUCUGAAUUGGAGAGUAUAUAUAUAUAUAUUUUUAAUAAACUUUAUUAAGGUGAAAUAAUGUCAAGUUUACAAAUGAAUAAUUGAAGUAUUUGAGUAAAAAAGGCAGGAGUUUAAAUUUUGAAUGCUGUGCAUGUAUAUAUGUAUUAGAGAUUGGAGAAUCAUGGUGUGAUGCAACUGUACAAGGCAAUUAAUGUGAAGGAUUCCGGGGAAUAAAACAUUCUGAGGGGCAAAAAACCUCUCCAUGGAGAGAUUUAACAUAGGGAUUUAUAAGGUCAUUUGUCCAAGUAACAGAAUUUUGAUUAAAAAAGCUGACCUUAGAGAAGUCAGAAGGGAUUUGUUUUUCCCUGUUGUCAUUUGCAUGCACGUCAGUGCACACACCUGCCAGUUUUCUUCCCAACCCAAUGGUCAUUACAAGAGCAACCUAAUUUUGUGCCAGUUUUGCUUUUUCUUGAGGCUCCCAAACCUUCUAGAUAGAUGGUUAUCAGAGCAAAUGUUGCUUCCUUUAUUCAAUUUGUCUCAGAGCCAUAAAUACUUCCAAUUGGGAUCUAAAAGAAAGGAAUGCCAAGUUUCCUUGGUUGGACACUUUUGCUUUGUGGAAAUAAAAACAGAAGUAAAAGAAAAACUAAGUUCCGGUAUUACUGAUGAAAAUUAAUGUAAAAUUAAUUUUUAAGCAUUGCUUUUAGAAAAGCAAAAAAGAAGAAAAGUUCAGUUGAAAGUUUCAAAUGCCCCAGUUAACUAAAGGAUGAGUGAGCUGGUAAUCCCAAGGAAAGCCUGGUGUUUCUGGCCGACCUUUGGGAGGCCAUGGAUCCUAGAGGAGGCUCUGCAUCAGUUCAUGUGUAGAUCUGGUGAGAAGUGCUUGAGGUUCCUGCUGCUGCCAUCAGUCUGUUAGGAUUCCCGGGGUGAUGUGAAGAAUCUCAGAUACCAACUUACCUUACAGAGAGAUGCUCAAGAGCAGCAUGCCGAAACCCCAAGUAGAACAAGUAGCCUCCGAGCUCUCAGGCCCCUUGACUGCUACUGAUUCUCCUUUCCUGCCUGAAGGUGGCUUCAGUUCCCCUGGCUCGUGAAGGCGCCACAGCCAAUGUUAGAGCACUUUGACCAGCGCUGUGUGACAGUGCUGAGUGCUGUGCCCUGGGGCCUUUUGUUCCCUUCCCUGUGGUGACUUUUGUUUAGAACUGCAAUAAGUUAUAAACUGCAUGAUUUAGAGAGUCAUCUUUGAUCAGCCGUCCCCCUGAACAAAAAAAAAAAAUCAUACCCUCUUGAUUUAUUUUUAUUUUGUUGCAUCUUUGUAGUAAUGUAA